AUGCAAAGCCCUCCGAUUAACCAUGCAGAGGUGACGGAGGAUGCCCCACCUGCAUCCGGCUCACCAGUUCGGCUGCCCGAAUUGGGUCCCGACAACGGUGCUGAGAUCGCAGCCGUGACCCAAGCAGAUUGGCUUCCCGGGGUCAAUUGCGCGGUCCCAAGCAACGGGGGGCACUCAGCCGGAUCAAAUGAGUUGGAAUUGGACUUGGCUUUCCUUGACCAAGUAUCAACUUUUAGCAAUGUGCCUUUGCCUUCGCCUAACUCCGAAUACAGCGUCUCAACUGACGAAGCGGACAGCGAGGAGAGCGGCUGGGAUGGGCUUUUGGCUGACGAUGUCGCCCCCUUGGCACUUGAUGACAUGCGUUGUCAGGUAAAUCAGGCCAGCCGGGCCAAGCCAAAGCCGGACAAAGGAGCAUGGUGGCCAUUACGGGCCAAGGAGUAUUUGAUAAGCUCGCUCAUCAUAGGGCACACUCGCACAAUCAUCUCGCGCCAGAUGUUCAAUCAUGUGCGGUUGAUGUUCAGACUUUGUCGAGUCCUGCUCCCAGACUGGACCACCAUACGUCGAGGCAAGGCUCAACUGCGUAAAAUUAUUGCGAUGGACGUGGUGGGCUGUCGCUCGGUUUUGAGCACUCCACUCCAUUAUUUAAGCUUGAAGAAGACUCUCGCAAUGGAGCUCGGGAAUCCAUGGGUUGCUCCGCACGUGAAAUUCUAUCCGGAAUUCACGGCGUUCAAAGGAGUAUCUCGACUGUCCCAGUCAUCCAAAUGGCUUACCGAACUGAAUUCUGAUAACAGGGCCCAAAUGAUCCGCCACGACCACCGAGAUUACUACAUUUAUGAGUUGGCUCAGCUUAUAUCAGAUCGAAUUGUUGUUCCAAUCUUCUUCUAUGAGAGUGGUGGCGAGAUGUAUGCGAAAUGUGUCUCUCCUGAUAUCGAAGUGGACAGAGAAGUUGGACGGAUCAAAUUCAAGAUUGCCAAGGAUCUUCCGUUCAAUUCACCGGAGCUGGGAAGCAAUCAACGCCAAAGAAUUUUACGUUGA